AACUUCCUCAUUGUGAAUACCUCACGUGACAAGGUCUGAUUUCUUUUUAAAACCAAUCUAACUGAAGUCUCUUUGCUGCCUUAAAAUCUUUGGAGAGGGUCCACCCGCAAGCAUGCUUAGUAUGGGAGCUCCUGCCAGUUCUAUCAUCAUGAAAUGUCUGGUUUGGGUGCUCCUGGUGUGCACCUAUGCAUUGGCACAAGCACAUAAAGAUCCCACUCUGGAUCAUCACUGGAAUCUAUGGAAGAAAACGUACGGCAAACAGUACAAGGAAAAGAAUGAGGAGGUAGCACGGCGUCUUAUCUGGGAAAAGAAUCUAAAAUUUGUGAUGCUUCACAAUCUGGAACAUUCAAUGGGAAUGCAUUCUUAUGACCUAGGCAUGAACCAUCUGGGAGACAUGACCAGUGAAGAAGUGAUAUCUUUGAUGGGUUGCCUGAGAGUUCCCAGCCAAUGGCAGAGAAAUGUCACUUACAAGUCAAAUUCUAAUCAGAAAUUGCCUGAUUCUGUGGACUGGAGAGAGAAGGGGUGUGUUACUGAAGUGAAAUACCAGGGCUCUUGUGGUGCCUGUUGGGCUUUCAGCGCUGUCGGGGCUCUGGAGGCACAGCUGAAGCUGAAAACAGGCAAUCUGGUAUCUCUGAGUGCACAGAACCUGGUAGAUUGCUCGACUGAAAAAUACGGGAAUAAAGGCUGCAACGGUGGCUUCAUGACAGAGGCUUUCCAGUACAUUAUUGAUAACAACGGCAUCGAUUCAGAAGCUUCCUAUCCCUACAAAGCCAUGGAUGGCAAGUGCCAGUAUGACUCAAAAAAUCGAGCUGCCACAUGUUCAAAGUACACGGAACUCCCUUUUGGCAGUGAAGAGGACUUGAAAGAAACCGUGGCCAAUAAAGGACCUGUGUCUGUUGCUAUAGAUGCGAGCCACUCUUCUUUCUUCCUCUACAGAAGUGGUGUCUACUAUGAGCCAGCCUGUACUCAGACCGUGAAUCAUGGUGUAUUAGUGGUUGGCUAUGGUAACCUUAAUGGAAAAGACUACUGGCUUGUGAAAAACAGCUGGGGCCUGAAUUUCGGUGACCGAGGAUAUAUUCGGAUGGCAAGAAAUAGUGGAAAUCAUUGUGGGAUUGCUAGUUAUCCCUCUUACCCAGAAAUCUAGAGGAUCUCUUCAUUGUAUAACAAGUCAAGAAAAGAAACACUUUCUCUUCACUUAAUUUUACCUGCCAUAACCAGUAGAAAUAAGGGAAUCAUGAACAAUGUAUAUUUAACGUACUAACAAAAUAUAUAGUUUGACUCUUCUACUUUUUUAAUCUUGCAGUUAUGGAAAACUUUUGCCAGGUAAAUUAACAAUGCAUUAUAGAUAUAACUGUAUGAGACUUAGUUAACCUAAGACAAUCUGUCAUGUUUGUUUUGUCACUGUCUUAUUUUACAUGCUUUGUCUUUUUAAGUUCCCUGAUAUACUUUUGUAAUACGAUGGCAUAUCAAUGCUUAAUAAAUACCUGUUUUCAUCUUUGUAUCAUUA